AUGUCUGACUUCACCAACAACCACCACGACGACCUCGUCCCAUCCAUCGAGAAUGACUCCAGCUCUACCACCACCAACGGUCUGCAGAGCGCAAAGGACGCAGUUGUCAAUAUCUACUCAAGCUUCCGAACUCUCCGACCUCUCCAAACUGACCAACCCGCAGAUGCUGCAGCUGCUGCCGGUGCCGUCAAGAACCACCCUCUCACCCAGAGCGUCGCGAACGGCCCAGUCGUGGAGAACAUCAAGGACCAGACCACAAAGACCUCGAAUGAGUUCUCCAACCUUGCUGCCUCUCGCGCAACCCCUUCCACCCCUGCUGCCACCGGCCAACCUCUGACCCACUACCACUCCUUCUUCUCCAGCCUGCUGUCGUGGGAGAACCCCCGCGCCUCCGGCAUUGCUUACCUCGCAACCGUUCUCUUCAUAUUCGCCGCCCGCUACCUCGACAUCAUCCGGUACAGCUUCAAGCUCACAUAUAUGACUCUGGGCAUCACUGUUCUGGCAGAGGUGCUCGGCAAGGCUCUCAUCUCUAACGGUCUCACCUCCCAGAUCCGUCCCAAGAAGUAUUACACCGUUUCGAAGGAGAGCCUCAACUCUUUGAUCGGAGAUGUCCACGAGCUUAUCAACUUCUUCGUCAUCGAGGCCCAGCAAAUCGUCUUUGCCGAGAAUAUCUUCGCCUCUGGUGCUGCCUUCAUUGCCGCCUUCAUCUCCUACUACCUGAUCAAGGUGGUUCCUUUCUGGGGCCUUUCUCUGAUUGCAACCUCGGUUCUUUUCCUCGUCCCGUUGAUCUACACCACCAACAAGGAGUUCAUCGACGAGAACCUCGCCAGAGCUUCUUCUAUCAUCAACCAACAGACCGAACAAGUCAAGACCCUCGCCAGCCAGCAAGCCGCACGAGCCACCGAGACAACCAAGACCCUCGUUGGCGACUACUCUGCCAAGGCACAGGGGAUUAUCGGGCGCAACCGUUCCGUUUCUCCCGUCGCGUCCGCGAAGCCCGCCAAGACCGAGUCUCUCCAGGAGAACACCCCCGCCCCUGCAUACAAGAGUGAGGACUUCCCUGUUGCACCCCAGAAGUCUGAGUUCGACUUCCCUGCCGCUCCAAAGGAGGAGUUCAAGGCACCAGUCCUCGACGAUGAGCCUCUGAUCUCUACAUAA